CUUGGGGGCGGGAAGGAGCCGGAUUGAUACGCUCGCGAGAUGCACUACACCAUGUGACCGGAGACUGCAGCUCUCGCGAUAUUUUCUUACUCGCGGAGAAUCAUCCCGAAGGGUCGGAUGGCGGCUGCUAUCAUGUUGGGAGUUGACUCCAUUAAACUGGAAAAUGGACAGAGCACCUCAUCUAAACUGGGACUCCCACCGCUUACCCUGGAGCAACAGGAGGCCCUGCAAAAGGCUAAGAAGUACGCAAUGGAGCAGAGUAUCAAGAGUGUCUUAGUGAAGCAAACUAUUGCACAUCAGCAUCAGCAGCUCACCAACCUCCAGAUGGCAGCAGUGACAAUGAGCUUUGGAGACCCUCUCUCACCUUUACAAUCGAUGGCAGCGCAGAGGCAGCGCGCUCUCGCCAUAAUGUGCCGCGUCUACGUUGGGUCCAUCUACUACGAGCUGGGAGAGGAUACCAUACGACAAGCUUUCGCUCCCUUCGGACCAAUCAAGAGCAUUGACAUGUCCUGGGACUCGGUCACAAUGAAGCACAAGGGAUUUGCGUUUGUGGAAUACGAGGUACCGGAAGCCGCACAACUUGCACUGGAACAGAUGAACUCUGUCAUGUUGGGUGGAAGGAACAUAAAGGUGGGUGACAGGAACAUAAAGGUGGGCAGACCGAGCAAUAUUGGCCAAGCUCAGCCUAUCAUAGACCAGCUGGCAGAGGAGGCCCGCUCCUUUAACAGGAUCUAUGUAGCAUCUGUUCACCAGGAUUUGUCAGAUGAUGAUAUCAAGAGUGUAUUUGAGGCCUUCGGAAAGAUAAAGUCUUGUAUGUUGGCGCGGGACCCAACGACGGGAAAACACAAAGGUUACGGUUUUAUAGAGUAUGAGAAAGGUCAGUCCUCACAGGACGCAGUUUCCUCCAUGAACCUGUUUGAUUUGGGUGGUCAGUAUCUUCGUGUGGGGAAAGCAGUUACUCCACCAAUGCCUUUGCUUACGCCUGCCACCCCCGGAGGAUUACCGCCUGCAGCCGCUGUCGCCGCCGCUGCUGCAACUGCCAAAAUCACUGCUCAGGAAGCAGUGGCUGGAGCGGCAGUUCUUGGGACGCUGGGCAGUCCUGGUCUGGUAUCGCCAGCACUAACCCUGGCACAGCCCCUGGGGGCCUUACCACAGGCUGUCAUGGCAGCACAAGCGCCAGGAGUUAUUACAGGUGUAACUCCGGUGCGGCCCUCUCUCCCGGUGACCAUCCCACAGGUGGGACUAGUGAACCCUAUACUGUCCAGCCCUCCAGCGAUUGCACAGUUGGAAGUAAAGAAAGAGAAGGAGGAAGAAGAACCGGCGCUGGAGUCGGAACGUCCGGAGAUGCUGAGUGAGCAGGAGCACAUGAGUAUCUCCGGGAGCAACGCCCGGCAUAUGGUUAUGCAGAAACUCAUGCGCAAGCAAGAGUCUACUGUUAUGGUCCUGCGCAACAUGGUGGAUCCCAGAGACAUCGAUGACGACCUGGAGGGGGAGGUGACGGAGGAAUGUGGCAAGUUUGGCGCAGUGAACAGAGUAAUCAUCUAUCAGGAGAAGCAGGGAGAGGAGGAAGAUGCGGAAAUUAUUGUUAAAAUAUUUGUUGAGUUCUCCAUGGUCAGCGAAACGCACAAAGCCAUACAGGCGCUGAAUGGCCGAUGGUUCGCAGGGCGGAAAGUAGUAGCAGAGGUUUACGACCAAGAGAGGUUUGAUAACAGCGAUCUAUCGGCAUGAAACUUCUCGGACUUUUAUCCCAUUCCCCAUAUGUCCUUGUACUGUUUAUUUUAUAUGAUUGUGGAUUUGUCCUUAUUCUCCAGAGUAGAAGGCUGGGAAAUAAAGUCUGUCUGUUUUUGUUUUUCA